AUGGAGGAACAAUCCAAAGCCCCGAGCCUGCUGGCUCCGCCGGCCGUAUCGUCGCUCAGGGCUGGCAAGAUGGAGCGAUCACUCAGCGAGAAUAUCCGCGAGGAGAGGGAGGACCUUCGAGAGGCCGCCGAACAGACCCUAAACGUCAUCAUGGACCUCAACCUGGACGGUACUAUCCGAUGGGUUAGUCCUUCGUGGGUUGAUGUGGUCGGAACCCAACCCGAAGAAGUCACGGGAGCUGCUAUUGCAGGUCUGAUCGUCAGUGACAACAAAUCCAUUUUUGCUGAUGUUAUCGAAAGCAUGCAAAGGGACGACUCGAAAUCAAAGUUCAUCCGCUUUACUGUCAAGGUCGGCCCAUUGUCUCGGCUUACCCCCAUCGAGCCAGCAGAGGAGCCGACACUUAUCGACGUGGAGGCACAAGGUAUCAUGAUCUACGAUGGCGCCUCUGGCAAAGACAGUCAUACAAUGUGGAUGAUUCGGCCGUGGGUAGCACCGCGGGAGAUCAAAAUCGAUUUACCAGCCUUCAUCGUCGAAUCCCUCGGCUCAGGAGCGGAGGUUCUCGCCAGCUAUCUCACCCAGCUUGCAGAGUCCGGACUAGAUGAUCCGAAUGGUCAUCCUCCACCAGCGCCAGUGCUCUGCCGUAUUUGCGAACGCCAGAUCCCGCCUUGGUGGUUCGAAAAGCACACCGAUUUGUGUCUACAGGAGCAUAGAGCGGAAAUGGAUGUUCAGAUGACCCAGGAAAGUCUGAUCGAUCACCGUCACGCCAUCGUCAAAGUACUCGACGCCCUCGAGGCGCGUCAUAGCCGCACUUUGAUUGGAGACCCGGCUAAUUUGCCGAUUGCCGAGUACAAAGGCAUGCCCAUUGGUCCUCCAACAUCGACGACAUCGUCCCCAGGGACAUCAUCGCCAAGUUCGAACUCGGGCCGGUCGAGGGACAGAUCAUCCGGAUUCGGACAUUCGAGAGCCAGAUCUUUUGCUAUCCGUCGGCCACAAGCCCGGAUUGUUGAGCUGCUCCUUGAUCUAUGCGACACUGCGAUCGAGAUCAGCACCCCUGCCAUCAAGGAGUCUACACAAAACCCGGCAGAAUUUCGUACGCAGUCGCCCCAGUCAGAGGGCCGUAUCUCCCAGGUGAUGCAAUGGGAAACACCUGGCACGAAUACACUCGAACAAGAACAAGGUCUUGCAUUGCUAUGUACUGAUACGGAGACCGUUGCCAAGGCCAAGGUUGAAGCUGUCUUCCGCCAUCGCAGGAUUCUUGAAUAUGCCGAGAGGAUUCGGAUCGAAUUUGCGAUCAUGGUCCAGGACUGUAUUGAUGAGGCCAUGCGCAGGGCUGCCAAGAUAGCCGCUGGUCGACUCAGUGACUCUACUGAAGAGGAGGAAGAAGAGGAGUUCGAGCAAACUGAGGACGAAGAAGCGACGCCUGCACAGGAGGAAGGGAUAUUCCCCGGGUCCUUCGAUGCUCCUUCAACACUGGCAAUGGCUUUGGAAAAGGCCCACAUUUCGGGAGAUCGCCCCAGCCGCCGAUUAUCAAUGUCGAUUAAGUCUACGCGAUCCAGCAGUCCACAAGGAUGCCCUACGCCUCGAUCCAAUCGGGGUACACUCGGUAACCUGACCAGCGCAACCCAAUCGAGACGAGAAUCCAUGCUUUUGGAAAGUGACGCUGGCGAUAGCGAUGGCGGAAGCGUCAGAUCCUCCUCUGUUGCCUCGAGAAUGCCAACCCGAACGGAAUCACCGCUGUCUGAGUUUAGUGACCUUCGCCGGCAUGCAAGUUCCCGACAACACCACCGAAGGAGCCUCAUUCUUCCAGGAACGAUAUCUCCUCGAAGACAGGAAUCCCCGUCUCGAAACGGACCACCGUCGUCGCCCCUCCGACCUCACAAAUUGCGCAAUCUACCAUUCCCUUCUGACAGCCUGGUUUCGCCCGAGGCAUCACCGAUGCUGCCGAGCAGUGAGUUUACUUCCCCAACCCCUCCCAGUAUCCAUCAUCACCGGCGACAAUCCUCAGCAGCCGUGUCUGCAUCAACCGGAGACCUUGGCUUUAAACCUCCACCAUCGCCCCGUCUCAGCGCGGUCGUUAGCGCUCCGCAAGCCAAAGCAGUCCCCCCAUCGAUCAAGGACUUCGAGAUCAUCAAACCCAUCAGCAAGGGUGCGUUCGGAAGCGUCUAUCUAUCCAAGAAAAAGUCGACCGGCGAAUAUUUUGCGAUCAAGGUCUUGAAGAAGGCCGACAUGGUAGCCAAGAACCAGGUCACCAAUGUCAAGGCAGAACGCGCCAUCAUGAUGUGGCAGGGCGAAAGCGACUUUGUCGCAAAGCUGUACUGGACAUUUUCGAGCAAGGACUACCUCUACCUGGUGAUGGAAUAUUUAAAUGGUGGCGACUGCGCAUCAUUGAUCAAAGUACUGGGAGGUCUCCCCGAAGACUGGGUGAAGAAGUAUCUCGGUGAGGUUAUCCUCGGCGUCGAACACCUCCAUAGUCGGGGCAUCGUUCACCGUGACCUGAAGCCCGACAAUCUGCUUAUUGACCAAAAGGGACAUUUGAAGUUGACUGACUUUGGCCUCUCGCGCAUGGGUCUCGUUGGUCGACAGAAGCGUGCUCUUAACAAUGGCGCCGACGCAGCUCCAGACUUGCUCAAGCAAGGCCCUUUUGUUCGAUCCUCUUCGAUCGCAUCAUCUCGUUCCACUUCUCUCGACGUUCAUGCUCGCAUCCCUUCCCCUCUCUCAACCCCCCAGAUGACGCCAAGCGAUUAUGGUGCCAGCCUAGGACAACCGUCCUAUUUCAACCUCGGGGUGUUGUCUCAAGAACCUCGACGGUUAUCCGCGCACCGCAGUGACAGUGGCGGUAGCGAGGCAUUGUCGCAUAUGCUUCCAAACCUGUCCUUGAACGACACUCAUUCCGUCCCGCCUCAAGCCGUUCAGUCCCCUGGCGAGCGUAGCGAAGCCGACGAGGGUGCAUCCCCAGACUUUGUCUCGCUCUCCCAUGCAACCACGCAGAGCAGCAUAGACGCUAACAGAGGCACUCCUCCACAACAACCUCAUCUGUCCCCGCCGAAUUGGGCGCUUUUCGACCCCGAGGAUACCAAUCGCCGCUUCGUCGGAACACCCGACUACCUGGCCCCCGAAACCAUCAGGGGAGAGCCUCAAGACGAGACAAGUGAUUGGUGGUCCGUUGGAUGCAUCAUGUACGAGUUUCUGUAUGGAAUCCCCCCAUUCCAUGCGCCUGAGGCGGAACAAGUCUUUGAGAACAUCCUGGCUCGCAGAUUGGAGUUUCCUGAUGACAGUGACAUGGAAAUCUCACCAGAGGCCAGAGAUCUGAUCAACAAGUUGUUGUGCUCGGAUCCUCAUCAGCGGCUUGGGGCAAACCGCGAAGACAAGUUUCAGUCAGGAGGCGAGGAAAUUCGCAGUCACCCGUGGUUCGAGGGUGUCAAUUGGGAUACAUUGUUGCAAGAUGAUGCUCAGUUCGUUCCCCAACCGGAGCAUCCAGAAGACACUGAAUACUUUGAUUCGCGUGGUGCGGUCCUCCAGUCAUUUGCUGAGGAAAUGGAAGACCAGUCUUCACCUCCUAGUUCAGCCCCAGCAUCUGAUUACCAUGACCGACCGCAUGAUGCGUUGGCAAAGGUUAGGUCCCAGGUCAACUCCAGCAUGAACACCGUGAAGCGAGGUUUGAUGCCGCUUCAUAUUCCCCCUCAUGUUCGUGAUUUGAAGAGCAGACGCUUGAGCGAGCCAGUUGCUGCCGAUGAUUUCGGGAACUUUUCGUUCAAAAACCUGGCUGUUCUUGAAAAGGCGAACAAGGAUGUCAUACAAAGACUACGGGCAGAGGCUGCAGAGUCUCAGACCAAGCCCAUUAGUCCUGGAGGGCUGAGCUCUAUCGGCACUCCUGGCCAGAUUGGAGCCUUGGAAGGCAGUCCAGUAAUCGCCAAUCCCGUGCAGAGGACGCUCUCUGCUGCAAAAGCAUCUCAUCGUCCCCAGUCACCUUCUGGUGUUGGACAUUCGAACUCUCCAAACAGAGCUUCACAACCUUCUUCACCCCUCCUUGUGUCGUUUGUGGCUGGCCAAGGCGCGGAAGGUCGACGCAAGGCGUCCAGUAACUCGUCCAGCCUUUCACACCAAUCGGGAAUCUCGAUCCAGCCUGCGGUGGAAGGGCCACGUGUUCCACCUACUUUCCAGAAGGCGGCCACGACGAUUACUGCGUCUUCCCCGUCAAACGGGCGGCUCGUCUUGCCUCCCUUACCUCUGUCCCCACAAAAGACUGUUUCUGGACACACAUUGAUGUCAAGUCCUCGAAACAAUAGCGGCCCAUCUACAGGUCGUGCUCGCUCCCUCACUGUUGGCUCUCAAGAAGGCAGUGGCAGUCCGAUAUCUGCCGACAUUCUGGCUCAUCAUAAGCGCAGGAGUCAGGUCUUCGAUAUGUCGCCAUCAUCAUCCGACACCGAAGGGGAUAAGGCGAAUGCGCUUCUUCGGGUACAGCGCCGACGUCAAAGCUCUAGACGGAUGUCGCAGGUUUUGGAUGGACCCAUGUUCCGACCGCUUGAUGUGUUGAUCUGUGAAGACCACCCGGUGUCUCGCAUGGUGAUGGAGAAGCUCUUGGAAAAGCUACGCUGCCGGACCAUUUCGGCGUCAACGGGCCAGGAAGCUUGCAGAUAUGCUUUGAGCGACAUCAAGUUCGAUAUCAUUUUCAUGGAGUUCAAGCUACCAGUCAUCAACGGCUCUGACGUUGCCCGAAUGGUCCGCGAAACGAAGAACAAAAAUCACCAUACUCCUAUCGUUGCUAUCACGGCGUAUCUCAAGGAACUUCACGCUCCGCAUUACUUCGAUUCGCUUAUAGAGAAGCCGAUCAGUUCUUCGAAGUUGAGUGAGGUCUUGAGUACUUUCUGCCAGUGGAAGCCCGCUUCGCCCGGUCAGGCCCAGAUGUUGUCGCUGGGCUUACCACCGCCUAUACCAUCAGGCCUUCGACAAGAGAGUCUGCGCCUGGAAGACAGCCCUGUAUCCGCAUCCGGCUCUUCGAAGUAUACAGCCCACUCCGGUGGUAGCGUCAGGGAGGAGUCAACUUGCUCAACAUUCGGCGACUCUGAAUCUGUUGCAACAGACGACAUUCCUGUAGUCGUUAGCCGCAAGGCCACUGGUGACUGGAGCGAAGGCGGGCUAGGCAUCUCAGGCCCAGAGGAGGUUCUAGUUACCGGCAAUGAUGGAUCCAAACCACCAGUACACGGACCAUUGAUAACGCAGCAGUCCGCACCAGCGCAGAUGGAGCACUUGGCAGGCAAAACAAAAGGACCAGUGCCACAGCGCUCACUCGAGAAGUUGAGAGCAAGACGAGAGUCCAUCGAGAAGCGCAGGCUUGAGGGCUGCAUCGACUCUGCCGAUGACGAGGAUGAGGAGCUUGGUGCUGGUCAGGCGAAUCCCGGACAGGAACCGCAUCCUUCCAAGCACCAUCGCCCCAAAUCCACAUUACCAUCGUCGAAGUUGGGAAUUGAAAUGAUGCGGGCAAACAGCCAUGACAGCAUGACUGCCACUGAUGACUCUGAGAGCACCAGCAGCGCUACACUCGGGCCACCGACAGCCCAGAUUGUCACUCCCAUCACCGAUGUGCAAAUGGAACUUCCUCCGCUUGUUGUUGAUACCGCAGAGGCAACAUUGGCUCUAAACACAGCUGUAGUAGACGAGGGAGCCGCUGCCGCCACUGUCUCUACGCCUCCUGACCUCAAGCCGGAAACAGAGGGCAGGAAAAUCUUCCACAUUGAGCAAACGCCUCGCCAAAUAUCUCUGUCGAAGCUAGAGGAGGAAGGAGCCGAAGCAGAUGAGGAGCCUACCCCUCGUCCACUUUCCCGGUCGGUGGAUCAGUAG